CAUGUUUGGAUCCGUGUGUUUUGUGAGAUUGUUCAAAUUUGUAUUAACUCUUAUUGAAUUGCAUUGGCCAUUUGAAAAAAUUGAAUAAUAAUGGAUUACAUUGCUAUUAAAAGUGAAGAAACUACUGAGCGUGGUUCGAACCACUACAGAAACAAGAUGAAAAAACGCAAACAGUUUGCUAAACGAUUCCUGCACAAUGCAAAAGGAUUCGGUCGCAUCGGUAUAUUUGGACGAGGAGCCGAAGUGGACCAAGAGCAGUACAACUACCUCGUGAACAUCCUGGAAGCAAUGACCAAGCAGAAGGAUACGGAAGAGCGUCAGCUGAUGGCCAACAAUGUGCUGGGUCAGCUGGAGGGCAAGGAAAUCCGGAUCUCCUCGAACCAGCUGGGUAGUCGUGUGUUCGAAAACCUGCUACCCUUUACCGACGAAGAGAACUUCGCCAAGCUGAUGGAUACGUUUGCCGAAAACUUUCGUGCCGUGUGCUGCGAUAAAUUUGCCUCUCAUGUGCUGCAGCGGAUGCUGUACGUUGCUUUGUUGCGAGCCGUGGCACCAUUGCAGACGGAAGAUGACGAUGCGGAGCAUGGAAGCACCGAGCAGGAAGGCAGCAAGAAACCAAGGCAAACCAAGGGAGGCGAUGGUGUCGACCGAGCUGGACAAAGCAUAUGGCCAUUCAGCGAGUAUACGCUGAAGGAACCGUACAGCGACGCGCACCGGCAGAUGUGCGGUAAAUUUGUACAGCGUUUGGCCAUGUUUUUGAUCAACAACUUGGAAGAAUUCGUCUGGGACAACACGGCGAACUAUAUCGUGCGGCAGUGUAUACUCAACUUGAGCGGAAUAGGCGAGAUGAAGAUGUUCGACAAUAGGGGAACGAAAGGAACCCCAAUGGCAACUGCGGAAGUUAAGAGGCUGAUCGUUCCCGAAGAAUGGCAGAAACUGCUGACCGAAAUCAACAUCCGCUUGAUGGCUUGGCCACAGUUCGCAGAUCUUCCGUACAAUGAACUGGCGUCGGUCAUACUGCAAACUCUUCUGAGAGCUCUCUCUACCCUCGAAGAACGCUUUCUCGUUUCGCAGCUUUGUUCGAAGCUACACAACGAAGCUUUUCUCACGGAAAACAACUGCGCAAAGAAAGAAGAGGAUGACGCAUCAGAAUAUGCGGAAGAAAAAUCUUUCGCAGAGGAGGACGAAUCAAAGCUACCAAAAGUCUUCCAACAAGAAGCUUCCAUCCGGCUACUUGAAAGUUGCAUCUCGGUUGCACCGUCUAAUUUCUUCAAAGAAAACCUUUUCGAAGGUCUAUUCCGAGGACGCCUGAAGGAUUUAGCCCUAUCGAAGAUGCAUAAUUUUGCCGUACAAAAAUUGAUUGAACACACCGACGAUAAGGACCUGAUUGAGAUCGUGCUGCUGGAGCUAGAAAACAGCAUGGAGGACAUUCUGCGCGUUGGCCACACGGGCGUCGUUCUAGCACUGGCUAAGGCUUGUGCCCGGCUAGCGUGUCAGCAGGGUAAGUACGUGAAGCUGCUCCUCGAUGCCCUGCACAGCGGUGAGGUCGCAUCGGAAAAGAUGAUCACCGCUGUCCUGUAUCUUCUGCCGGCCGAUAUUAAAGUGGAAAAUACGCCCAGCAUAAACCUGCACGGUUCGCUGAUUCUUCAAGCCAUUUUGGAAUUCAACAAACCGAUCAAGUUCGUCAACGCGCUGCUCGAGAUGCCGAACGAUCGGCUGGCGAACAUUUUAAGUGAUCCUCGGGGCUCCUUCGUAGCGAACGCGUACACCGGGUCGCGGUUUGUGGGAGAAAAGUCGCGCGAAAAAAUGGUACGCCAUCUGGAAGGACAGUACUCGCGGCUAAUGCUGACCCCACACGGCUCACACGUGGUGGAAAUUAUGUAUAAUGCCGGAAAUCCUGCCCAGCGCGAGAAUAUCGUGCGCGAGCUGGCGGAUAAUUGUGAGCAGCUGAACAGUAAGCCCUGGGGAAUGGUCAUCAAUAAACGGUUGCUGGUGGACACGUACAAACGAGACCCGGCCCGCUGGAAGGUGGCCAUCAAAAGUGACGCGAAGGUAGAAAAGUUGUUCGACAAACUGGUGGGUGGAAAAAAAAGGAAGCUAAAUAAGGAAGGCAAGGAAUAGAACUAAGGAAACUUUAUUCAGAUCAGUAUAAAGCGCUUUGUGGAAAACCGUGGAAAAUCUGCCAACCGUCAUACCAAUAAAUGGAACACGUUUUUAAUGUUCUAAACUA